AAGGUUCUGAUAAUAAUAAUAUAUAUGAAGAUAUAAAUAAAUUACAAUUAGAUAAUAUAAAAUGUAUGAUUAAAAUUUAUAACCAAGAACUUGCUUAUGAACAAGUAGUACUUGAUAAAAAUAAAAUAUUAGCUAAUUGGUUUACAACACCAACAAAUACAGAAAAAGUUAUUAAUGAUAAACAAAAAUUUUUAAAAAAAUACAAAAGAAAAGGAUUUUGGUAUCCACUUACAUUUUAUUGUUAUAGACCUAGUGGUGUAGGAAAAACUAAAUAUUUAAUUGAUGAAUUUUAUACAAAGAUUGAUUGGAAUGAAAUAAUAAAUUUAUUAAAUGAUUCUUGUUUUGAAGUUGAAUAUAAAUAUGCUACUAAACCAUCUGAAGAAGCUUAUAAUUUCAGACAAUAUGGUAGAGAAGAUGAUAAUAAGAAAG